AUGAAUUUGGAUAAAUUACUCACAAAUGUUGCUAGAGGAGGUCUUGUACUUGGAAUGUUAGGUAUUAUCCCCUAUUCUUGCUUAUAUACAGUUGAUGGAGGUGAGCGAGCCGUAAUGUUUAACAGAUUCGGGGGUGUGUCUCCAAAACCUGUCUCAGAAGGGACUCAUAUUGCAAUUCCAUGGCUUCAAAUACCAAAAAUUUAUGAUGUGCGUAUUAAACCUAAGGUUAUUAAUACUACUACAGGGACUAAAGAUUUACAGAUGGUAAACUUGUCACUUAGACUCUUAUAUAGGCCUCAUAUUAAAGCUUUAUCACGCUUACAUAGGCAAUUAGGACCUGAUUAUGAUGAACGUGUACUUCCUUCUGUAGGGAAUGAGAUAUUAAAAGCAGUAGUGGCUAGAUAUGAUGCUGAAAGUCUUCUAACCCAACGUGAACAAUUUUGUAAAGAUAUUAAGGAAGCGAUUGUACAAAGAACACAAGAGUUUGAUAUUGUAAUGGAAGAUGUAGCAAUUACUCAUUUAACUUAUGGUAAAGAAUUUGCAAAAGCAAUAGAAGAUAAACAAGUUGCUGAACAAGAGGCUGAGCGUGUUAAAUUUAUUGUUCAAAAAGCCGAAUAUGAGAAACAGGCAGCGAUAAUUCGUGCAGAAGGUGAAGCUUUAGCUGCAGAGAUGAUAUCUAAGGCUCUAGCGGAGUUUGGUUCAGGUUUGAUAAAAAUAAGAAGACUUGACGGUGCUAGGGAUAUUGUAGAAAGUUUAGGGAAGUCUAGAAAUGUUACUUUUAUACCUGGAAAAGGGCCCCAACUAUUGUUUAAUAUGCAAACAUCUGGCGGGACUUCUGGAGGAGCUUCUUUACUUGGAAAAAGCUCUUAA